UGGACAAACUCUCCCCUUGCUCAUGAAGACCAUGUGAUAUGAUCGAAAGAUAAGCUAUUAAAGAGAGUUUAAUUUCUUCUGAUUCUAAACGUCUUGGUCAGACAUCCUCCUCAUACAUACAGCCAAGACUGAUUAUGGGAUCUCUCCCUGUUGUGUAAAAGAUUACACUUAUAAUCCAUGCAUGUGUGCAGACACAGACCAGCAGUGUCAGGUGGAAUAAGGAAAGGGGCAGUAGGUGGGGGCAGAGCAGAGGGAUAAAUCAAUAAAAAUAGAUAGGCCAAUAGCAGUGCAGGGCUGAUAUAGGAUGGGUUAACAGGAGAAGGUGGGAGACACAGAAAAAGAAAGACAGAGACAGAGAGAGGAAGACACCUUAUGGUCUUAUUGUCAAACAAAGAGGACAGAAGAAGAAUUAUCUACCUACAGAGUAAAGGAUGCAAAAAUGGUUCUAAUAUUUUUGAACAGAAAUCUAACUCAACUUUCCAUUUAACAGGAUAAUUAUUUUUUAAAGUCACUUUUUGUUUACCUGCUCAGGGAGCCACAGCCUAACUGUUGCACUGGACCUGUUGAGAAAAACACAGGGCCGGAGGAAGGGCACAAAGAGGAGACGAGCUGCUGCUGCAUCCAGCAAGAAGCUUGAGCGCAGGCUCCGCAGGGUGAUGAGGACUGCCAGGCGGGCCAGCAAUGUGGAGGUGCCCUCCUUCCUCCGCCAGCUGGCCAAAGAAACGGAGAAGAUGGUCACCUUCUUCUUCAAAGGGGGGAUCAAGGAAGAAGGGCCUGGGGAGGAAGACAAUUCAGAUGAAGAUGACUGCAUGCCGAGUCCAUACCUGGACCACCCCAUCUUGGAAAAGCAUGUGACAGAGGGGGGUUCCCAGUCAGGGAUAAACUAUGCCAUGGCGAGCAUGCAGGGCUGGAGGACUGAGAUGGAGGAUGCCCACACCUGCAUGCCCCAGCUGAGUGGAGAGCUGACAGAGUGGGGAUACUUUGCAGUUUUUGAUGGACAUGCAGGCACCACAGUGGCACAGUACUGCUCCAGAAACCUGCUGGAUCACAUCCUGGCAACAGGUCAUGUUAAACCAAAUGAAGAACCCGAGCAGGUGAAAGAGGGGAUCCGUGAAGGCUUCCUAGGAAUCGAUGCUUACAUGCACAAACUGGCUCGUCAGGACACCUGGGACCGCAGUGGCUCCACUGCAGCGGCUGUCAUGAUUUCACAACACUACAUUUAUUUUAUCAAUUGUGGGGACUCCCGCACACUUCUCUGCAAAAACGGCCAGGUAGUCUUCUACACAGAGGACCACAAGCCGUUCAACCCCAGAGAAAAGGAGCGCAUCCAGAACGCUGGAGGCUCGGUGAUGCUGCAGAGAGUCAACGGCUCUCUGGCCGUUUCCAGGGCACUGGGGGACUUUGACUUCAAGGAGGUGGACUGGAGGCCUCAGACAGAGCAGCUUGUGUCACCGGAGCCUGAGGUGUAUGAGCUGAAGAGGUCGCCCGAAGACGAGUUUCUCAUUCUAGCAUGUGAUGGUGUGUGGGACGCCAUUGGUAAUGAAGAACUGUGUGCCUUUGUACGCAGCCGUCUGCAGGUGUGCGAUGAUCUGAGAGACAUUUGCACACAAGUCAUUGACCUCUGUCUGUAUAAGGGCAGCUUGGAUAACAUGAGCAUCAUCAUCAUCUGCUUCCCUGGCGCCCCCCAGUUGUCACAGGAGGCACUGCAGAAAGAAGCAGAGCUGGAGCAACACAUUGAAAUGAAAGUGGCAGAAAUCAUCCACAUGAUGAGGUCCAGAGAUGAGGACCCUGACCUUUUGUAUGUGAUCAAAUACCUGACUGCAGAUGAGAUACCAGGGCUUCCACCAGGAGGAGGCAUCACCAGCAAGCGAGACUGUAUCAUCGCUGCGUAUCAGAAACAUAUCAUGACUCUCAGACAUCAGGAGCCAAUGGACAUCGAGGGAUCAGAGGAGGACUCUAACUAAAGCCGUUACCAUGGAAACAGAAUCAUCAGCAGCUUCACCAUCUCCAUGGAGACCUGAGCAUUUUAGAUGAGCACUAAGCUAACGAAGGAUUCGUUGUGUAAUAUAUUCUGUGUGAGCACUGGCUUUCUGGUCAAUUA